AAAUUGAAUGAAUUGAAUCCUCACUUCACUCCACUUCUAAACACGUCAAUUGAAUUCCUUUAAGCAGCAAAUUAGCGAAAACAAGUUCAUCUCAAGUAACAUUAAUCAGUCAUCAGUCAUCGAUCUCAAUCUCAAUCUGAAUCACAUGGCAACCGAUCAACCAAAGAAGAUCAUAAUUGAUACCGACCCUGGCAUCGAUGAUGCUAUGGCAAUAUUUCUCGCCCUCCGAUCGCCUGAGGUAGAGGUUAUUGGACUCACAACUAUCUACGGCAAUGUUUACACCACCCUGGCCACCAGAAAUGCCUUGCAUUUGUUGGAGUUUGCAGGAAGAACUGAUAUACCAGUUGCUGAAGGAUCUCAUGUCACAUUAACUAAAGGAACAAAACUUCGAAUUGCAGAUUUUGUCCAUGGUGCAGAUGGACUUGGCAACCAGGAUUUUCCUCCACCGGAGGGGAAGCCCAUUGAAGAAUCAGCCGCUGCUUUUUUGGUUAAUCAAGCAAAGUCUAACCCUGGAAAAGUCACCUUGGUGGCAUUGGGCCCACUUACAAAUAUUGCUUUGGCUAUACAGCUCGACCCGGACUUUACUAAGAACAUUGGACAGAUUGUUAUACUUGGUGGUGCUUUUGCAGUAAAUGGCAAUGUGAAUCCAUCUGCUGAAGCAAAUAUAUUUGGUGAUCCUGAUGCUGCAGAUGUUGUAUUCACAAGUGGUGCAGAUAUACUGGUAGUGGGAAUAAAUGUCACUCACCAAGUUGUAUUGACAGGUUCUGAUCGAGAAAAGUUGGCAAGUUCAAAUGGAAAAUUUGCUCAAUACUUACACAAAAUCUUAGGCGUGUAUUUCUCGUACCAUUCUGAGGCAUACAACACUAACGGGGUUUACCUUCAUGACCCAGCAGUAGUUCUUGCAGCUGUUGAUCCUUCACUUUUCACUUACAUCGAGGGUGUUGUUAGAGUCCAAACCAGUGGCAUUACAAGGGGACUCACAAUACUCGACAACAAACAGAAAAGGUUUGGUGAAAUCACUGAAUGGUCCAAUAAGCCAACAGUAAAGGUAGCUGUGACAGUUGAUGCUCCUAGAGUUGUGAAAUUGGUCAUGGAUCGUCUUAUGGACUCUUGAAGUAGUCACGAAGCCGUUCGAAUAGCAGAGUAUUGAUUAUUGCCUAACUACUUGUAUCUGGUUUCAAUGUUUUAAACUGAGGCUAUGCUCACUUAAAAGCUGUUUCGUUCAUUCUUCAAGCUAUAGGUUGUCUUUUGGAGCUCUCGAGCACAACUUUUUACUUAAUAUUUCAUGUCAAUUUCGUUGUAUUAGAAAAAUUAUCUUGCUCCCUUCUCUUGA